UUUGAAUUACUCUUGUGAGUGUGACAAAUAUCGGGAAUGAUUAGAAAAUAUUUAUGGCCACACUGAACGACAAAUGCUACAAAAAAAUUCAAAUAUUGUCGGUUAGAUCUUUCACUUCAAACUGACGGAUUAAUGGAAUUGCAUUAAGUAAAUCUGAAAUGAUUAAUAUAAUUCUAAAAUAGAAUUUCAUUAUUCAUGCUUUGACGUAUGAUCUCAAAUAAUAGUUGAAACAUGGAAGAAGUUAUGGAUGCCUUGGAAGCGUACGAAAAAGAACUGCAUGCAAGUUACAACUUCAAGAAAAUUCCGCAUCAAAUUAAAAAGUCUGUGGAACAGCAAAUAGAGAGAAGAAACAACAUUAUUGAACAGAUUGAAAACGUAAUCUUUGGUGUGAUGGAGAGUGCAGCUCGAUUGACUUCACCGUUGCUUCAAAUUCGAAAUCAGCGCGACUGGGACAACACAGUUUUUACAGACAGGAUAGAAAUGAAAUGUUUUGAUGAAGUGAAGACAACCACUGUAAACUUCAGCUCUUAUCGGAGUCGUCGGAAAUUUUCCCUCAUAAUGACAUUGCUGUCAGAAAUUUAUAAAUUGCUACAAACUGGGACAACGGUUACUAGAAGGGAGCUGUACUACCAGCACGUGGGACUGUCGGAAGGCCAGGGGGAGGUUGACGCCGCGAUGCGGGACGUGUGCAGCCUGCUGGGGUCCAGCUCCUGGGACCUGGGCGUGCUGCCCACCUCGAAGGGUCUGGUGGCGGGGCGGCUGGCGAUCGAGACGGGCGACGGCGCGACGCUGGAUUGCAGGGCCCACGGCGACGGUUUGUUAGUUCCGCAGAGUGUAAUGGAGAUCAGAAGCAUGACUUCAGAUGCCAAGUAUGUUCUUAUAGUAGAGAAGGAUGCUGUAUUCCAGAAACUUCUUACAGAGGGAGUUACCAGUCAACCUGCCCCUUGCAUCCUAAUUACAGGAAAAGGUUAUCCUGACGUGAAUACCCGUCUGCUGGUGCAGCGUAUCUGGGAGACGUUUGGCCUUCCGAUGUUUGUGCUGACAGAUGCCGACCCUCACGGCAUUGAAAUAAUGUGCGUCUAUCGCUUCGGGUCUUUGGGUAUGUCGACGGAGUCGCACUUCCUGGCCACGCCGGCCGUGAGGUGGCUUGGCGUGCACCCCAAGGACAUAACCGUGCUGGGCCUGGAGACGAGUCCCCUGACGGCGCGCGACAGGCUGAAGAUCCGGGAGCUGAUGUUGCGGCCGUACAUGCAGUCCCACGCCGGCAUCAGAGAUCAGGUUGAAGUUUUACUACGUCUUGGGGUGAAAGCUGAAAUAGAAGGCAUGGCAAGUUUUGCAACGAACAUUUUAACAGACUACUACAUACCCACGCAAAUCACAGCGAGGGAUUAUUUUUGAUACGGAUUUGCAGUGUGAUGUAAUAUCUUGCGAAGAAAGGUAAUGUAUUGUGUACAAUAGAGAAGUAAAAUUUACAACACA